CACAGCUCCGACCAUGGCCGAUACCGCCGUUUCGCCACCUCCCGCCGCCGCCGGCGAGCACCCCCGCUUCCACCUCCGCGGCUUCCUCUCCCCCGAGACCUGCAAGGAGCUGGAGUUCGUGCACCGGAGCUGCGGCACGGCCGGGUACCGCCCUUCGGUGGUGUCUACGUCGCUUCCGCACCUGGCCGCCACCGGCUGUGGCCACCUCCUCCUCCCCUUCGUGCCCGUCCGCGAGCGGCUCCGCGACGCCGUCGAGUCGGCCUUCUCCUGCCACUUCGACCUCUUCAUCGAGUUCACCGGACUCAUCAGUUGGUGCAAGGGAGCUUCUAUUGGAUGGCACAGUGAUGACAAUAAACCUUAUCUUAGGCAAAGAGCCUUCACGGCAGUGUGCUACUUGAACGAUCAUGGGAUAGACUACAAAGGUGGAAUUUUGCAGUUUCAGGAUGGUGAUCCUUCCUGUGUUACUCCAGUUGCUGGUGAUGUUAUAAUCUACACUGCAGAUGAUCGUAAUAUCCAUUGUGUAGAUGAGGUGACAGAAGGUGAAAGACUCACCCUAACUCUUUGGUUCACCAGAGACAGUGCUUAUGAUGAGGACCCAAAGCUCCUUUCCUUUCUUUCUCAGACAUCAUUCAACAAUCAACCAUUUGAUCAGAAGUCUUACAUUCCUUUGCCAGCCUCUGAUAUAAUGUAUUGGUUUGCCUAUGAACAUUCUGGUUUUGACAUACGAUGUGCUAGAGUGCACAUUCUUGGGUUUUGUUUGCACGUAAGCACUGAUGAAGACAAUAAAUCUGUUGCACCUGCUGAAGAUGACCCUAUAGAGUUGCUUGGGAAGCCAGUAUGGCUUGGUAGGGAAGACGGUGUCUUUGAUAAAGUUUUUGCCAAUGGCCUGCAUGCUCUUCAGGUGGUGCAAUUUUACUACUGGAAAGCACCUGAGCUGGCAGCAAAGAGGAAACAAACUUCUGGUGGUUCAGGAACAGCCUGUCGUCCUGUUAUACAAUCUAGAACAACAAAACUACCAUUGCUAUGCAACCAUGGCCUUGAACAAACCAUAUUUGGAUCACAUAAGAAUAUAGAGAUUGAUUUUGAAUGGAAGGAUUUUGAAUUAGCCGUUUCUAUGUGGGAGAAUUAUUCAGAAGAAUUGCAGAGAAAGCUGUUAACAUUUUUGCCAUAUUGGGUUUCCAGUGAGGCCAUUUUUAUUGUCAAUUCCAUUCCCCCCCAGGUAUCUAACGAGAGGAACAAAUGUUGACCUGAUAAACUGGAAAUGCUAAUAGAAAUACUACCACAAUGAUGUUACCUAGAAUUAGUUCCAAAUUAACUUCUCUCUGAAAAGAACCAAUUGUCAAGAAUGUUGGAUUCAUCUGGCUUUGCAUUUUGAGGGCUUUCGUAUGGCAUGAUAAAGCCACAUUUUACCCUUCAUAACGUACUACUUUGUUUGCCAGAUUUUUCAUUAUAAUGAUAUUCUGUUAUAUGCAAUUUUCUUUCAAAUGGACAUGUGCAAAACCCUGUACGUACUCUUUCUCAGAAACAAUAAAAGACAGCAGUCUUCGUUG